UAGCUGCCUGUCAACAGCAGGUACACUCCCACCUGUGAGAAUUAUUUAUUGUAUUGAAGGUGAUUCGGACAUUAUAAUAGUUAAUAGCGAACUGUGUUAUUUGUGGUUACAAGCGCGCAAAACUCCACAGUAUAUUACCGUUUAACAUGUAGUUUACAACAAUGUGUCAAAUCUACCAUUUUCUUCAUCUUUUUCUUAUUCUUCAUCGUCAUCAUCGUAUUCGACAUUAUUUUUCUAUCUCGUAUUUCAUUCGCAAUUCAAAUUUAUCGACGUCUUAUUAAAAAAAAAUCCGAUACACGUUUGAGAGAUUCUCUUUUAAUGAGUAUACCUGCUAUUUUAUCAAUUUGCAACACAUCGAACACCUCACAUACCUACUUGCCGGUUAAACAUUCGUUAUUCCUUCAUACAUACACCAGAUGAAUCUACGAUGCAAAGUAUGCGGUGAAAAAGCGGCUGGAUUUCAUUUCGGUGCUUUUACUUGCGAAGGAUGCAAGUCGUUCUUCGGGCGAUGCUGCAACAACAUGAGCAUAAUCGGCGAAUGCCGAAACAACAAAGAAUGCGUGAUCAACAAGAAGAACCGCACAUCCUGCAAAGCCUGCAGACUCCAGAAAUGCUUACAAGUAGGGAUGUCCAAAGGUGGCUCUCGCUACGGCCGUCGAUCCAACUGGUUCAAGCAAUACUUCCAAGAAACCGAACACAUGCCACGUCUCGGCAAAAGCUCACCAUCACCUCAACCCGACUCGGAAUCCGAGCACAGCUCUUCACCAGAUCAUCUAAAAUCUUCGGAUAAACUACUCGUACAACCAUUCCUAACAACGACACAGCACUCGUCUCCUGCAUCAGUUAUCUCAGCAACCGAAACAGACGAUCAGAAAAAACUGCAAUUACCAUUUGAUCUCUACGCCGCCGCGACGCAACCAUUAAUCUCUAGUCAUUUGUACUUAAACUGUUUCCCCACUUUAGGUUUAAAUCGGCUCGUAUCCUACAAUAAACAAACCGCUUCGGCGACCGCUGCUCUCAUAAAUGGUGAAAAUGCCGCCACUGCGGCUGCCGCAGCCGCCUUUUUUCUGCCGAGGAACGUGUUGUUUUCGAAUAAUUUGGCAGCAGAUCGGACCAACGUGAAUGAUUAUUUCGAGAAAUUAUUUGUCGCUAGGUAUAGCCAAGAUGACGAAUAUGACCGCAGAAUGUCCGAUACGAUCGACGAAGAUAAUCCUUUAGAUCUUUCGCGGAAGAGACGUCGAUCCAAGGAUGAAAUAAAACGUACGUCGCAGAAUCAUCAUCCGGUAUCUCAACAUUACGAUGCUGAGUUAUCCAAGAAAGCUUUACCGCUUGAUUUAUCAGUCAAAUAAACAUGGAAUAUGCAUCGAAGCGAGAGACGUAUCAUCUGAUCUGUAGUCUUUGGACUUGGACUAAAUAAAUAAUUCAAUUUUCUUAUAGAAAUGAAAUUUAGCUUAAUUUGUUUUGUUGUUUUUUUUCUACUCGUAGUGUUAUUCUUUUACCUUCGUUUUGUUGAACCCCUAUAUAAUUAUAGAAAAAUAUCGAAUUACCAUUUCAUACUUAUAUUGAAUAAAAGUUUGUUCCAUUA